AUGACUCUCAAGGAUGUUGUUCUCGCAGAAUCCAAUGAACCUCUUCAAGUGCACUCAAGUGGAGGACUAGAGACUGCCAUCUGGUUCAAGACACACCCCGUCGACCGCACAUUUUGUUAUCGUGUUGUGCAGUUUCAACUGGUUACAGACUCUCGAGACCAGGGUUCUACACGUCACACGGAGGAAGCGAGCUGGAGCUGGUUCGAGAUUCUUGUCCUCGCUGACUCGGCCGAGGAGGGAGAGAGAACAACAGAUGCUGGCGGACAGGCUGCCUGGCGCAGUCAUUACAACAAUUUAGGUGGUGGACAUUACACUAGACAUUUUGGCAAGAUCUUCGAUCGCAGGCAUCAACUAUUCACCGAAAUCAAGCUCGGGGAUGUCAUCGCUGUUCGCAUAUGUGCAGGCCAGUAUGGAUGGAAAAAUGAUGCCCGCUCGGGUAGAUUAAUCGCUCGUUACUUGGAUCAACACGUGUUCUUCCCUCAUCCGUGGUCACUAUCCCCUUUAUCGACCUCGGGGGACGACAAGGAACAGACAGGUGUUUACUCUGUAACAUCAUCUGAUAGUUGCCUUGUGAGGGCUCCAAGACCUGGGAUUGGAACACUCGGGAGAAUCAAUUCCAGAAUAUGGUUCACCACGCCACCUCUGGAUGAUCAAAUCAUCGAAAAGCUCAACGAAGUUACUCUAGUCACAAAUGCUCACAGUCGUUAUCCGACCCGUCAAACAGACAGGAUGACACUCCUUAUGCAAGCAGUAAGGAGCCUGGAAGGUUAUCAGUCGCCGAGCCUACCCCAGGAAAUAGCUGCUGAAAUGGGAAUUUGGACGUGGUUUGACCUCGUCAUUUUGCCUAAUGCAGAAAGCAUUACUCCGAAGAAGAAAAAUGGUCGCCUCUUGGAGUGGAAGAGCCAUGCCAUUCCGAUUGGAACCGGUGACGGGAGUCUCCAAGUUGGUCAGAAAUUUGGACGGGACCAUGAGCUCAUUAGCUCACUGGAGACAGGUGACGUUAUUGGUGUUCGGGUUUGUGCUCAAUUCGCAGGUUGGGAGAACCAUGCUCAUAGUGGUCGUCUGUCUCUCAGCCUAACACCGGAAGCUCCUCCGCGGUCUCCCCUCCCUCAGGGCGAACGCUGGGAUCAUGUUGAGAAAGGACUGCAUCAACUUGGUGAGGUUGUCGACAAUUUGCUAAAGCGUGCGGGAGCCGGCAACAAGCGUCCUGCCUUCUACAUCGAGCGCGACCAGCUGAUAAGCCCACUACGUGCCGACGAAGUUGGGACUUUCGAUGCCUCGAAACGUCCACUGCGCUUGCUCUCGCUUGAUGGAGGUGGUGUCCGAGGGAUAUCAGCCCUUUGCAUCCUGAAAGAGAUUUGGGAAGAUGUCACUGAACGAGAAUGA